AUGGAAUUAUGGAAUGGAAUAAAAGACUCGGCAGUGACAACUAUGAUGGGUGUGUCUAAUAAGCUAGGCGAUGUUAGAGGCCAGGUGAUCGAGAGUACAACAAACUGGGCUCAUGGUAAACAGAUCCCGUUUGAAUGGCUAAGAAAAUAUUUCCGUAAUCAGGAAGUUAAGCAGAGACGAAUGGUCAAAAUCCAAGAAUAUCGACGAAGGUAUUCGAGAGAUACCGAACAAUUCGGGUCAAGUCCAAAUCUAAUGCAAAACAUGAUAGUCAAAGGAAAUGGACGGAAUUUAUCCAUUCAAGAAGACACCAUAAAGGUGCCAGCUGCACGUCGAUUUCGGAAAUCGUCUGCUCCAGAUAUUCUUAUCAAUUCCUGUGUUUCCAGGCACAACCUGCUAUCAACAGGCACUGGGGAAAAACGAAAGUUAUCCGUCUGCGAACCAGCACGGAAUUCAUCCAUAACUCAACUAGAAGAACGCAAAAAGAGCCUAGCCGGUCCAUUUUACAUCCGUCAAUAUUCAGUUCCUGAACGCAGUCUAAUGGAAACCGUUGAGGUCCCAAUCCGCCGAAUUUCCUCUCCAGAACAGACCAUACAACUAAAAGGUAACAAAAUGAAGACAACAGAUGUAGGCCGUUGUAGAGUUUCUAUACAGGAUAGCGGGCUUGAAUCAUUGAUGAUUCGUCGUGAAUCUUUUGGAAUUUGUGGUGAAGACUCAGAAGAGAAAAAAUGUUUUACAGAUUCCCAAUUAUUAAACUCUAUAGAUGCUGGGAAGUCACUUCUGGCCUCUUUAAAUACAGCGCUCUUCAAUCAUCCUCUUCUCAAACUGAGAACCAGUGAUACAGCAGUCUACCCAGAACCCAGAAAAAAGAUCGACUCCAUAACUGAUGUGGACUUGAGGGUGAAUCAGAUUCAAAUGACGAUACAUCACGAACAUAAACCUAAUCUACUGACAGUCACUAUCCACCGAGUGCGAAUAUUAGAGGAUACAUUGGCCAACAAGUCAAAAAUAUUCGCUACUGUCAAUCUAACAUCGUCCAAAUCACAGAAGAAGAAAAGUCGGAGCAUCGAUUGCGAACAAGCCAAAGUUUGGGAAGAAGAAUUUAUUUUUAAGAAAAUGACAAUAGCAGAUCUUGAAGAGAGUAGUAUUGAGAUCAAAAUGUAUCGUAAAAUGAAGUUCCCUAAAUUCCCUAAGUACCACAGCAAGACUAUUGUGGCCUUGUGUGACGUGAAUAUCAAUGAUUUUCUAACAACGACGAAGGAUUUGGAAUGA